AUUAUUACAAAUCAGAAGGUUAUAGUUGAUGCAAUAUACAAGAUGAAUAUUCUUGGAUAUGAACUUUAUGCUAUUAUUGCUUUAUUUUUUGUCUACAAGAUUUAUGACCAAAGUGGAGUUCAAUGGCAAGGCAUAUAUCCAUUUAUAUUUUUACCGAUAUCAUUAUCAACUAAUACUAAUAAAGAAACUAUAUCAGUAUUAAAUGAUUUGACAAAUACUGCAUCUUUUCAACCUACGAAUUUGACAAAUGAAGAACAAGAAAAUAUUGGCAAUAAACAGUGGGCACAAGCAGUUCAAACAAGUUUCGAGGGUGUAAAUAAGUUGGUCAACGAUAUUAAUAAUUAUCAAAGACGAAUUACAAAUCCGU